AAAAAAAAAACCCUCCAACUCCUAUCCGGUUGCAGUCCUCCCAUUUGAAGAAGCCAUAAGCUUCAAAGAAAAAGGAAGUCUUAAUACAUUUACAGUACACUCGACAUGGGAAUGUGACGAAGACAAAACAGCCAUGAGCUCUCAGCUCAUAACUGCUUCUCCUCCUCUCACAAGCAGCCUAACCCCAAAACCCCACUCCCACACUCUCUCUCAAAGAACCCAAAUCCCUCUCCACGUUUACAAACACCCAACAGCCAUCCUUUUAGAACUCUCAACUUCCAUUAAAGAAGUCUACCAAAUCCUUCCCCACAUAAUCAAAUCCAAUCUCUACAAUGAGCACUUUUUCCAAACCAAACUCCUAAGCCUUUUCUGUAACCACGGCUGCGUUGCCGAAGCUGCCCGUGUUUUCGAACCCAUCCAAGAUAAACCAGAAGUUCUUUAUUACACUUUGCUUAAAGGGUAUGCCAAGAACUCAUCACUAGACGAAGCUUUGUCGUUUUUUAUUAGAAUGAAGGUUGAUAAUGUUAAGCCUGUUGUUUAUAACUUUACUUACCUCUUGAAAGUUUGUGGGGAUAAAGCUGAGCUUAGAAGGGGUAAGGAGAUUCAUGGGCAGUUGAUAAAAAAUGGGUUUUCUUCAAAUGUCUUUGCCAUGACUGGAGUUGUUAAUUUGUAUGCGAAAUGUAGACAAAUUGAGGAAUCUUAUAAGAUGUUUGACAGAAUGCCUGAAAGAGAUUUGGUUUCUUGGAAUACGAUUAUUUCUGGCUUCGCACAGAAUGGUUUAGCUAAAAUUGCCUUGGGAUUAGUUGUUAGGAUGCAAGAGGAAGGACAAAGGCCUGAUUCGAUUACCCUUGUUUCGAUUUUGCCUGCUGUGGCUGAUAUGGGGCUGGUUAAGAUAGGGAAGGCAGUUCAUGGUUUUGUUAUAAGGGCUGGUUUUGAAGGGCUUGUGAAUGUGAAUACUGCAUUGGUUGAUAUGUAUUCGAAAUGCAGGUUUGUUGGAAUUGGGAGAUUGAUUUUUGAUGGGAUGAAACAGAGGACUGCUGUGUCAUGGAACUCAAUGAUCGAUGGUUAUGUUCAAAGUGGAUAUGCCGAGGAAGCGAUGGUUAUUUUUCAGAAGAUGUUGGAUGAAGGAGUGGAACCUACUGAUGUUACUAUAAUGAAAGCUGCUCAUGCUUGUUCUGAUUUGGGUGAUCUUGAGCGUGGAAUGUUUGUUCAUAAGUUAUCCGAAAAAUUGAAACUUGGUUCCAAUGUUUCUGUUAUGAACUCUUUGAUUUCCAUGUUCUCUAAAUGUAAGAGUGUUGACGUUGCUGCUGGUAUUUUCAAAAAAUUGCAUGGUAAAACCCUUGUUUCUUGGAAUGCUAUGAUUCUAGGCUUUGCGCAAAAUGGACGCGUUAAUGAUGCUUUAAGCUAUUUUUACAAGAUGCAUUCUCAAAACAUAAGACCGGAUACAUUUACAAUGGUGAGUGUGAUUCCAGCUUUGGCGGAAUUAUCAGUUACACGCAUGGCAAAGUGGAUUCAUGGAUUUUGUAUAAGAAGUUGUUUGGAUGAUGACGUUUUUGUGAUGACCGCACUGGUUGACAUGUAUGCAAAGUGUGGAGCAAUUCACACUGCCAGGAAGCUUUUUGAUAUGAUGAAUGAGCGGCAUGUGACUACAUGGAAUGCUAUGAUAGAUGGUUAUGGAACACAUGGGCUUGGAAAAGCUGCUUUAGAAUUGUUUUAUGAAAUGCAAAAGGGUGCCAUUAAGCCAAAUGAUGUCACAUUUCUAAGUAUUCUCUCUGCUUGCAGCCAUGCAGGUAUGGUGGAAGAGGGGCUUAGCUACUUUACCAGCAUGAAGAGAGAUUAUGGCAUAGAGCCUGCUAUGGAUCACUAUGGUGCCAUGGUUGACCUUCUUGGUCGAGCUGGUCGGCUAGAUGAAGCAUGGAAUUUCAUUCAAAAGAUGCCUAUUGAGCCAGAGAUGAAUGUCUAUGGUGCCAUGCUGGGUGCUUGCAAAAUCCAUAAAAAUGUUGAGUUAGGUGAGAAGGCAGCAAACAAACUGUUUGCAUUAAAUCCUGAUGAAGGUGGGUAUCAUGUACUGCUUGCUAACAUAUAUGCAAUGGCUUCAAUGUGGGGCAAAGUGGCCAAAGUUAGAACUGUGAUGAAGAAGAAAGGGCUUCAGAAAACACCUGGCUGCAGUUUAGUGGAGUUGAGAAAUGAAGUUCACAGUUUUUACUCUGGAACCACAAACCAUCCUCAGUCUAAAAAGAUCUAUGCUUUCCUUGAGGAGCUUGGAGAUAAGAUCAAAGCCGCAGGUUAUGUGCCUGACACAAGCUCAAUUCAUGAUGUAGAGGAUGAUGUUAAGGAGCAGUUAAACAGCACCCAUAGUGAGAGGCUAGCCAUUGCAUUCGGGCUUUUGAAUACCAGCCAAGGCACCCCCAUACACAUCAGAAAAAACCUGAGAGUUUGUGGUGAUUGUCAUAAUGCAACUAAAUACAUUUCACUUGUGACCGGGCGGGAAAUCAUAGUGCGAGAUAUGCAGCGGUUUCACCACUUCAAGAACGGAACCUGUUCUUGUGGAGAUUAUUGGUGAAAUUGUCUUUCUACAGACCUGAUUCUUGACAGCUCAUGCAGAGGUUUUUGUUGGUGAAAUAGUCUUUGCAUGAUUAUUCACACUUGAGAGCUGAUUCACCGCCUAUUCUUGGAAUUGGAAAUUUCUGAGAAACAGGGCCCUGAACAUAGAAAUACAUGAGAUUUUGGAUCAAUUUUUCUUGGUUCAUCUCAUCCUGAGUAUUAAGCCUGAAUUUGGAAAGCCAUCCCAAUCCGCUUUAUGGAGCAACAUCUUAUGUUUUUGUCAUCUCCUAUCAAAGCUUGUUCUUUCCAUAUGACCUUAUGCUUGAAUGUUUAAUUUGGAAAAAGAAACUACUUCAAUCUAACCAUUAUUAUACCAUCCCCUUUCUUUUCAAUAGUGGGAAAGAUUUCUUCAUUUUUCCUUUUAUGAAGGAAAUCAUUUUAGUUUUAUAUCCAUUAUUUUGUAUAUAUUAAUCAAUUGUGGAACAAUAAAACUAGUCAGUCAUUCUAUGAGUUCCAAAUCAAUUUUAUUGAGAAAGUAUAGCUGUUCUUUUGCUCAAUGCUUACCAGCCCUUCCUUUUUGACUCUUAUUAUUUCAUAGAUUAGUAGUAUAUACUAGCAGAAAGUUUUCUAGUAUAGUCACAUAUUAGCAGACCAUUACAAGGAUAGUUGAUAAGCUGAUUGUUGUUAACUUAGACUCUAGAAAGUUUCCAGUAAUGGAUUAAUUGAUCAAAUAAUUUUUCUGCAUUGGUUUU